CUGCGUGGCUGUUGAGUACCAUAAGUUACGGCGGGUGUUAAAUUGGAACCGCUCUUAACUUGUACACUCUUUGGAGAAAGUCAGCCAACAUGGCGACCGUUUGAAAGAAAGGGGUUAAAUGUUUGUAGUGCCAACAAAAAUGAGGCUGCCCCGUUGUUGCUUUGGGCUCAGACGAACCUAUUUGUUUUGGGCAAUUCUGCUGAUCCUCCUGGUUGGUGUAGUCUUGACAGCUCUGCUGCCACCUGCUGAGGACCAAAGAGGUGUUGGCAUCUUGGAGGUGCUACGAAGGGCAACACCGCAAAAGCAGAAUCCCGCACAGGUUCACCAUGCUGACAGCUCGGGGGAGGAGGAGAAGUUUACCAUCAUCAUCCAGACUUACAACCGCACAGACGUUUUGCUCAAACUCCUAAACCAUUACCAGGGAGUACCUCAUCUUCAGAGAAUUAUCAUAGUAUGGAACAACAUUGGAGAGCAGACACCUGCAAAGCUGUGGAGCUCCUUGGGGCCUCAUCCGGUCCAGGUAGUCUUCAAGGAGCAGACCAGCAACCGAAUGCGCAACAGACUACAACCAUUCCCUGAAAUUGAUACUGAUGCUGUUCUGAUGCUGGAUGAUGACACUCUCAUCAGUGUACCUGACAUCAGUUUUGCGUUUUCUGUCUGGAAGCAAUUUCCAGACCAGAUUGUUGGGUUUGUACCGAGGAAACAUGUCUCAACGGCAGCAGGAGUGUACAGCUAUGGCAGCUUUGAGCUGCAGGAUCCAGAAACAGCAGGAGGUGACGUAUACUCCAUGGUGUUAAUUGGUGCUGCCUUCUUCCACCACCGCUAUUUGCAGCUCUUUCAGGACCAGCCUCAAGCAGUGCAUGCUUUAGUGGAUGAAACACAGAACUGUGACGAUAUUGCCAUGAACUUUGCCGUAGCUCUGUAUUUAAGAAAACAAUCAAAGUUGGGCAAAAUGAACAGAGCCUCUGGGGUCUUUAUCAAACCCGUGGACCUCCGCAACCUAGAAAAGGAGGCCAGCAGUGGAUACCAGGGGAUGUGGCAUCGUCCCGAACACCUUCUCCAGAGGUCCUACUGCCUGAACAGGUUGACACAGAUCUAUGGCUUUAUGCCUCUUUCCUUCUCCAACCUGAUGGUCUCCCAGUUUGGCUUCCCCAGUUAUGCAAACCACAAAAGCAGGGGCUGAGGAAGUGCUGCAUUACUGAUUGCUCUGGAUAAAAAGUAGAUGAGAUAUAGUGUUCUGCCCGACAGUGAUGGACGCCUGAUUUUUGGACAGCGAGGAUUGUUAGAAGAAUUUGCUGCACUUGCCCUUGUCUGAUGAGAUAUUCAUAUUUGAUAAGCUAAUCUGUAU